AUGAAUGUCUAUCUUCCGCAGAUUAUUACCUUGAAUCAGACUACUUUUAUCAAAGGUCGAAACAUUAUUGAUAAUUCCCUUCUUGCUCAGGAAUUGGUUAAGGUAUAUGGUAGGAAAGUAAUUUCACCUAGAUGCUCCAUGAAAAUCGAUCUUCAUAAGGCUUUCAAUUCAUUGCAUUGGGAUUUCAUUUCAUCAAUCCUUCGAUCUCUUCAAUUCCCAAAUAUUUUCAUUGCUUGGAUUGAAGUCUGCUUCUCACAAGCUAAGUAUUCAAUUUCUUUCAAUGGUUCUCUCACUGGAUAUUUCAAAGGAGCUAGAGGGCUCAGACAGGGAGACCCUAUUUCUCCUUAUUUGUUCAUUCUAGCAAUGAUCGUUCUCUCUAAUAUGCUCAAUUUAGCUGCUACUAAAGGCAUAUUUGCUUACCACCCAAAGUGCAAGAAGAUAUGGCUUACUCAUAUUUUUUUCGUAGACGACCUUUUAAUUUUAUGUAAAGGCAAUGUUGAUUCAGUGGUUUGUGUCCUCAGUGUCCUUGACCAUUUCUACCAAGUUUCAGGACUUAAUCUUAAUUCUUCCAAAAGUGAACUUUUUAUUGCGGGUAUUUCUUCAAGGACACUAGAGGAUAUUAAAAUCAUUUCUAGCUUCAAGAUUGGGAUCUUGCCUGUUAGAUACCUUGGCAUACCUCUUGUUACACGAAAGUCAUCAAUGAAAGAUUGUGAACCGUUACUCGGAAAAAUCAGGCAACGAUUGCAGCAACUCAUACUUCCAGCUUCUAUUCUUAAAACAGUGAAUCAACUCUGUUCCAGGUUUUUCUGGAAAGAAGCUGACAAAUCAGCAGUCGGUGCUAGAGUUAGUUGGGAGAACAUAUGUCUUUUGAAGUUCGAAGGAGGUUUGGGUCUGAAAAACACUUCUAAUUGGAACAAAGCAUAUAUCAUAAACCUCAUUAGAAAGAUCCUUGCUGGUGAUGGUUCAAAUGUUAGCUGGAGUUUUAGAAGAAUUAUUAAGUUGAGACCAAUCGUUUAUCCUAUUGUUACGUCUACACCUCAGCCGAUUAGAAAAGUCUGGGAUAAGAUUCGGACACAAGGUUACCUACCAGAGACUGGUUACAGCGAAGGGGAUUAUGUUCUGAAUCUAUAUGUGUUAAUUGCUGUCAACACCAAGAAUCGCGGGAUUAUAUUUUUUCGCAAUGUUCUUUUGCUACUGGACUUUGGAAAGUUGUUUUGA